AUGUCAAACCCAAAUAUACGCCCUCUCGCCCCGGCCUACAACAGGCUUGAUCCGGGCUUUCGGCCUGCCGCGAGUCCCAACAUGUCACCGUCCUGGAAUUACAGCCAUCUGCCCUUGCCCUUUCUGAAGAUCGUCGACGUGAACGAGCAGUGGAACGGCAACGUAUUCUUCUGUCACGAGAUGAUCGUCUGCAUCGACAACGAGCAUUUCUUUAUCUGCGAAAUCUACAGCCAGAUGGGUAACGGUUUUAAUCCUUGCACGGUUAACCUCCAGCAAGUCGACAUGAGGCCUCGGGGGCCAGACCUUAUCCCCCAGGAGUUCACCAGAUUCGCUAUCGGAUUUUUCAAGGUCCAGCCGCACGAGAUCUUUUCGCACCCGGUUAUCCCGGUCCAGCAUUAUCAGCCUGUGUUCACACCAAGCCUCACGAUUGCGCCGCUUCCCGUACAGAGCUAUUGCUACAUGAAGAUGCCGUGUCUUUCCGGCUACAACCAACUCAGCGACAAGACCGUCAUCGCGAAGUCGGUCACGGACGAGGCGAUCAUCGGAGAAGUCCUUCUCAAGAAUCCGCAUCCCAAUCUGGCCAAAUACUGGGGCUGUGUCGUACAGCAGGGACGUAUCACUAGCCUCGUAUAUGGCAGAUACGCCAUAACCCUUCUCGACCGAUUUCAAUCAAAGGUCCCGAUGAACAUAGUGAAGGUCAUGCAAGAAAUCACCGCCGGCAUCACGCAUCUACACAACCUCGGCUACGCACACAAUGAUCUAAACCCGUCCAACAUCAUGAUGGACGCGAAUGACAGUGCAGUCAUCAUUGACUUUGACUCGUGCGCGGUGGAAGGUGGGGAGCUUAGGAAGCUUGGAACGCCAGGCUGGUCGAAGAAUGCCGGGGAUAUGAAGGUCAGCGCUCGGGAAAAUGACUUGUAUGGUCUUGAGAAGAUUCGGGAGUGGCUGAAUCAGGAAUUGGGGGUGGGAGAUCAGGCUUCUUUUAACCCUGAGACCUAG